ACCUGAACGAACCGAUAGCAACGUCUUCAGUCGCUGCCUAUGCGCGACUACAUACGACAGUGUAUCGACCAGCGUGCAGCGUGCAGUUAGAGCGGACAGCGAUGGCCAAGAGACCGAGCGACCAGGAACAGGAUGUGCUCGAAUUUACGCAGUUCAAUGACCUGUGCAACGAAACGGUGGGCGGUCAAAUCCUCUUCGCCACUGAUGAUUGGUUUGCAGUAGCAGAAAAUCUUUUGAAGUCCGUCAGAGUACCGGGCAUUAUAAAAGGGGUGCUUAUUGACACUGCAUACUUCACUGAUGAAGAAUGUAUUCCUCAACGAAAGAGUGAAAUGGGUAGAGCAGCUUCUGAAGAAGAAAUGAGACAGAUUCAACAACUCCAGUCUCAGGAAUGGGCUUACUUGCUUCCUAUGACUCCACUGAAACCUGGUUAUGAAGAUUCACGUUUCAAUUACUUUAACAUAAAUAAUCAAGAAAAAUGGACACAUCUAAGAUUCAACUUGUAUCCUGAUGGUGGAAUAGCACGGCUCCGAGUUUUUGGAGAAGUCCAAUUUGACAGAAACACUCUUUUGGGAAAGGUCAGAAAAAUUGAUCUUUUGUCCAUAUUAAAUGGAAGUGUAUGUGUGAAAUACAGCAAUGCCCAUUAUGGUCAUCCACGUAAUAUAAUGAAGCUAAAUCCAGGAAAAGACAUGGGAGAUGGAUGGGAAACUGCCCGGCGUCUGGAUAGACCAAGCAUUCUGAAAGUUGAUAAAAAUAAUAUUUUGCAAGUUCCUGGCAAUGAAUGGGCAAUAUUCAAACUGGGAUGCUCUGGUACAAUACAAGAGAUUGAAGUAGAUACAAGCCAUUUCAAAGGAAACUUUCCUGAUUCUAUCAAGGUUGAAGGCACAAAGGAUAUUAAUGGAGAUGAUCUUUGGGAAAUACUACUUCCUCCUGCUAAGCUCUCACCACAUAAAAACCAUAUAUAUCUAGAAUCUGCACUUCAAGCAAAAGGUCCUUUCUCAUAUAUUCGAGUGACAAUUGCUCCUGAUGGUGGAAUAAGUCGUUUAAGACUGUGGGGUCAUGCUGUAUAGAUACCUACAUUUCAUACUUCACAGCAAUGGUUUUCUUUUAAAUAAAUAUGCUUUUCUUGUUGUCCUUUGAGAGCUCAUUUGAGUAAAUUAUAUUUAUAAGACUCUUGGCUAAUCACAAUUCGCAAUUCUUACCAUCUCUUUAACUAAUUUUUCACAAGUGAUUAGAAGAACACAAUCAUCCACAGAACCCAUUUGACAUUUGGCAUCUACACGAUUAACAGACAGUUUUUUAGGUCGCCUUGCUGAUGCAUGGAAUUCAAUAGCUCCUGUAGCAUUAAGUAUGUUAGCGAGAUUAUUUUCAGUAAUUCCCGCUCCCGGCAUAAUCUUUAUCCUAUUUCCAGAUUUCGAAAUCAAACUCUUAAUUAACCCAACUCCUUUCUCGGCACUCGUUUCUUGGCCGCUAGUCAAGAUACGCGUAAAACCUAACCUUACUAAUGUUUCUAAGCCUUCUAAUGGAUCUAAAAGUACAUCAAAAGCUCUAUGAAAUGUCACCGGCAAAGGGGAAACUAAAUUUAACAACUCUCUACAUACAUCUUCGUCAAUUCUUCCACUUUCGUCCAGCGCGCCAAAAACGAACCCAUCGGCUCCGGCAUCGAUGAGCAGUUUAGCAUCCUUCUUCAUUACUUCAACUUCCAAUCGGCUGUACAUAAAAUCGCUGCCUGCGCGAGGUCGCAACAUAGCGAACACAGGAAUAGACACAUAUGAUUUUACAAUUUCCAAUAGUCCGCGGGUGGGAGUGAGGCCACCUUCACUCAAUGCACUGCAAAGCUCGAUUCGGUUAGCACCACCUGCCGCUGCAUUUACAGCAGAUUCUACACAGUCCACGCACACUUCCAUUACAACCAUUUCGCUCCUGACAGCAGUGUGUCUCCAAUGAACAAUGACUUGUUCUAAUCACUCAAAGUCACAUGCAUUAAUCACAGGUGGUUGCUGAACGCAGCAAAUGGUGCACGCACACCAGUACGCGUCGAUGUCAAGCUGACUCUUUUCUUCCUGCAAGCCAAUAAGGAAGCGAGGUCCUGAUGACGCUUUGAGAGGAAACUUCAAAUUCGUAUCUGCUUCGACGCUUACAUUAAAUUACAUUUCAUACAGAUAAAUGUUUCUUAAUUCGUGUUUUGUCAUUCCACAUAGUCCUGUCUAAUUUCACUCUGCAAAUUAUUGCAUGAAAAUGCCACUCGUGUAAUACAAAGAAACGUUUCGUUUUCAAGAUACUACGUCAUGAUUCGAGAUUCUAGUCAAGAGUCUGAUAUGAUAUCUAUCUGAGCGGAUUUGCACCACCGUUGUUUACUACGUUCACUGCAUUUUCCAUAUUUUGUACCAUAUUUUAAACAUUUAUUCCGCAUUUACUCAUAUUUUUAUAUGUUGUUGUUACUACGUCUACUAUUGUACACUCACACACACGCCUAUAAUAAAAUUUAUUGUGGUAUAUUAUUUUGCAUUAAUCUUCAUUUUUAUAAAACAAUUAUCACAAUUAUGUAAUAUAGAAAUGAAAACAAUGAGUAGUAUAAGGCCAGUCAUGGAAU